CUGGCAAUUCUCCUCUCCUGGUGGGCAGCAACACCCCGUCAAAACGAGCCAAAAUGGGUGGCCGUCCGCCUCUUCCGCGGUCCUCUCCUCGUCUUCUUCUCACUCUUCCUCUGCGGCAUCAAUAUGGCUGGUUGGGCUGGAGCCGGUGUGAAUCAUGUGCUGAUCUUCGAAGUCGACCCACGAAAUCAUCUAUCCUAUCAGACACUCAUGCAAAUCGCCUCAUUUUUAAUUAUGCUUUGGUCACUUUCAGUGUUAGCCUAUCUCUACGCGCAUCUUUUGCAUAUUCCGCCAUUUCUUCCGCCACUAGCACUCAUGGUUAUUUGUGCGAUUAUGUUGUUUAACCCGAUUGCCAAACCCGAUUCGAUUUUUCACAGGAAUUCGAGAUUUUGGCUGCUUAAACAUUGCUAUAAUUGUUUCACAUCGCCUUUUCAUUUUGUGACUUUCACUGAUUUUUGGCUGGGAGAUCAGAUGAAUUCGCUGACCACUGCGUUUUUGGAUUUUCAAUAUUUUAUUUGCUUCUAUUCGACUGAAGUGGAUUAUUCGAAUUUUGAUUUGCAGGUGAGGUUUUGAGGGGAAUUUUGAGGAAAAAAUAUAUUUUUUUUGAAUUUGUACUCAAAAAUGUAUUUUCAAAAUUCAAAUCAGAUCAAAAAUUGAGAAAUUUGAAGCAUUGCUCAUAUUAGAAAUUUUGGCCUUAAACUCAUAUGGUUUUUUUCUUGGAAAAUUGGUAGCAUUGCUCAUGUUAAAUUCUAAAUUUUCAAAUUUUCCCGCUGAAAACCUUGUGGCCUAGGAUUUUCGAAAGUUAGGCCACGUGCCGAUUUUCUAGCGGGAAAAUUUGAAAUUAGACUUUUUCCCGCUAAAAUUUUGAAACGUUGACAAAUUUCAGCCAUUGCUCAUAUUAAAAUAAUUUUUUACGUGGAUUUUUCUUGGAAAUUUGAUGACAUUGCUCAUGUUAUAAUUUUAUUUUGAGGCGGAAAAAAUUUAACUUUAUAAUAUGAGCAAUGCUAAAAAAAUUAACGAGAAAAAUCUAUGUGAAUUUAAGACCAAAAUUUCUAAUAUGAGCAAUGCUUCAUUAAAUUUUUCAAAAAUUUCAAUUUUUCCCGCUAGAAAAAUUGCUGGCCUAAAUUUUGAGAAUCCUAGGCCACGUGAGGAUCCAUGUGACUUUUCAAGCAGGAAAAUUUGAAAAUUCAAAUUUUCGCGCUGAGAGAACACGUGGCCGAACUUUUGAUAAUCUUAGGCCACGUGAUUUUCAGCAUUAAUUAGAAAGAAUCGAUAAAUUCCAAUAUAAAAUCGAACAUUGCUCAUAUUAAACUUUUGAAUAAAAACAAUUUUUCACUUAAAAUUUCCCAUUAAUUAUAUGUAGAUUCUAUAGAAAAAUUGAUAGUUUUAAGUCUAAAAUAGCAUUGCUCAUACUAAAUUUUGAAUAAAAACAAUCUUCCAGGUCAAAACCAUCAACACAACAACAUCAAGUGUCCCCUGGGGAUAUGUAGACAUUGCAACCGGCAAAGACAUGUGUAUGAGUGCCGCAGGCGUCCGAAGCUUCGUCUCAAUCAUCCCCGCAAUGGUGCGCUUCCUCCAAUGCUUGCGGCGAUAUCACGACACCAAACGCGUGCAUCCGCAUCUCGUCAACGCCGGCAAAUAUUCCACGACAUUCCUUGUUGUCGCCUGCGGCGCCUUCUUCAAAUCCAACGACAAGAACCAAGAUGUGACGUCACCAUUUUAUUAUAUUUGGGUGCUGAGCUAUAUCAUGAGCUUUACCUAUACGUUUUUGUGGGAUAUUUUUAUGGAUUGGGGAUUGAUUGACCCCAGGGCGCCAAAAGAUGUGAUUUUUUUGCGAGAGGAGAUGAUUUAUGGGAGCAAAUGGUAUUAUUAUGCUGCUAUUGCUCAGGAUUUUGUGCUGCGACUUAGUUGGGUACUUAAUGUAUCCCUGGGAGAAGCCUGGACUUUAGAUGGAGAUCAACUUACUACAAUUACGGCACCUUUUGAGGUCUUCAGAAGAUUUAUUUGGAAUUAUUUCCGAUUGGAAAACGAACAUGUGAAUAAUUGUGGGCAAUUUCGAGCGGUUAGGGAUAUCUCAGUGAAACCGAUUCGAAAAGGAGAUUUGGAGAGUUUGGUGUCGAAAAUGGAUCAAAUGGAUGGAGUGACACAUCGUGGAGUGGAUUUGAUGGAAAGGGUGAAAAAACAGAAGAAGGCGGCGAAAUCGACGAGGACAUUGCUGAAAAAGACGAAAUUUAAUCGAUUGAUUACGCCGGCGCCGAUGGCGACUGCACUUGUUGAAACGUCGCAUUAGAAGAAGAAGUGUACUUCUUGAGAGAGAUGUAGAUAGAGAUUUAUUUUUUUUAGUUAUUUUCUAGAAAGGGGGAGGGAGGGUUUUGGAGCGGGAAAUUUGAGAUUUUCUAUUGAAAAUUAGGUAUUUUUUGAGAAAAAUUCCAUUUUUUGAAGGAAUUUUAGCAUUGCUCAUGUUAAAUUUGAGAUUUUCUACAGAAAAUUUGGGAUUUUUGAAGGAAUUUUGAGAAAAAUUCUGAAUUUUCAAUCAAAUUUAACAUUGCUCAUGUUAAAUUUGAGAUUUUCUACGAAAAAAAUUUUGGAUUUUUAAGGAAUUUUCGAAAAAAAUUCUGAAUUUUCAAUCAAAUUUAACAUUGCUCAUGUUAAAUUUGAGAUUUUCUACAGGAAAUUUGAGAUUUUUUGAAGAAAUUUUGAGAUUUUCUACAGGAAAUUUGAGAUUUUUGAAGAAAUUUUGAGAUUUUCUACAGAAAAUUUGGGAUUUUUGGAGGAUUUUUUGAGUAAAAUUCCAUUUUUCGAGCGAAAUUUAACAUUGCUCAUGUUAAAUUUGAGAUUUUCUACGAAAAAAAUUUUGGAUUUUUAAGGAAUUUUGAGAUUUUCUACAGAAAAUUUGAGAUUUUCUAUAGAAAAUUUGGGAUUUUUGGAGGAUUUUUGAGUAAAAUUCCAUUUUUCGAGCGAAAUUUGAGAUUUUCUACAGAAAAUUUGAGAUUUUCUAUAGAAAAUUUGGGAUUUUUGGAGGAUUUUUAAGAAAAAUUCCAUUUUUCGAGCGAAAUUUAGCAUUGCUCAUGUUAAAAAAUUUGGGAUUUUUGAAGGAUUUUCGAGAAAAAUUCUGAAUUUUCAGUGAAAUUUGAGAUUUUCUGGUGGAAAAUGUGAAAAAUUGCUCAUAUUAGCUCUUGGAGCGGGAAAUUUGGAAUUUUCUACGAAAAAUUCUAAUUUCCAGUAAAAUUUAACAUUGCUCAUGUUAAAUUUGAGAUUUUCUACAGAAAAUUUGGGAUUUUUGAAGGAAUUUUGAGAUUUUCUACAGGAAAUUUGAGAUUUUCUAUAGAAAAUUUGGGAUUUUUGGAGGAUUUCUGAGUAAAAUUCCAUUUUUCGAGCGAAAUUUGAGAUUUUUUGAAGGAAUUUUAAGAAAAAUUCCAUUUUUCGAGCGAAAUUUAGCAUUGCUCAUGUUAAAUUUGAGAUUUUUAGAGGAAUUUUCGAGAAAAUUCCAAUUUUCGAGUGAAAUUUGAGAUUUUCUACAAAAAUUUUUGAGAAUUUGAGAUUUUCCUCAAAAUUUGGGAUUUUCUGCAGAAAAUUUGGGAUUUUUUGAAGGAAAUUUAGCAUUGCUCAUGUUAAAUUUGAGCAUUUCUAGUGGAAAAUGUGAAGAAUUGCCCAUAUUAUCCAGAAAAUGCGAAUUUCAAUUGAAAAUUUGGAAAUUUUCACCAGAAAAUACAGGAUUGCUCAUGUUAAGCAAAUUUUCAAAAGAAAAUUCACAUUUUUCUUGAAAAACUAUGAGACACAUUGCUCAUAUUAGACAAUUUUUGGAUUUUUCCAAGAAAUUUUGUGGGAAAUUUCAUUGCUCAUGUUAAACUUUUUACUAAUACAAAUUUCCUCCGAAAAUUGACCAAAAAAUUUCCUGAAAUUUUUUUGUAGCAUUGCUCAUAUUAACCCCAAAAAACCCUUUUCCUCCCCCAUUUUUUUCCCCAUUUUUCUCAUAUUUUUUAUUCCCCAAAAUGUUCACUUGUAGUCACAAAACCUGGCCAAUUCUACUUGCAAAAAAUGUUUUUUUCUGUAAUUUUUCUAUUUUUUUUCUUGGUUGUCAGCAGCUUUACCUGUAAUUCCCCUAAGUCAGUAUUUUUUUUGAAAAAAUAUUUUUUGAAAAUAAAUCACUCGAAAAUCCGGUCAUUUUUGGGUAAAAAUGGGUGAAAAUUCGCAAUUUUCAGCCCAAAAAAACCUGAAAAUCUGAAAUUUUCAAUUUUUCAGGUUCUACAAUGUGCUCGCGAAGGUUAUUUGAGUCAUGGAGUUGAGCUAAAUUCGAUUUUGGUCGCCUAUUCGAAAUAUCGAUCGAUUCGCGAUGGAUUGAGAAAAGAGGCCAGGUUAGUUUUUACGGGGUGGCCUAGUUUUUGCAAAAAUUAGGCCACGUGGUUUUUGGGCGCGAAAAUCUAGAGUUUUGAAUUUUUUUCAGAAACUUUGAAUUUUCAAAUUUUCGCGCCUAGAAAAACCACGUGACCUAGUUUUUGCAAAAGUUCGGCCACGUGGUUUCUGACCUCCAAAAUGCAAAUUUUUCACAUAAACUACACUAUUUCUGGCCUAGACUAUAGUCUAGUUUAAGCUAAACUAUAGUCUAAUACAAUUCCUCUUGACAAUCCUGAAAUUAAAUUUUGAAUUUGAAAUUUCUGGCGGCCAAAAAUGAGGGUGGCCUAGUUCUUGCAAAAGUUCGGCCACGUGGUUUCUAGGCGCGAAAAUCUAGAGUUUUGAAUUUCCAAAUUUUCCCCGCUAGAAAAAUCACGUGGCCUAGUUUUCGCAAAAGUUCGGCCACGUGGUUUCUAAGCGCGAAAGUCUAGAUUUUUGAAUUUUCAAAUUUUCGCGCCUAGAAAAAUCACGUGGCCUAGUUUUUGCAAAAGUUCGGCCACGUGGUUUCUAGGCGCAAAAAUCUAGAUUUUUGAAUUUUCUAAUUUUCCCCGCUAGAAAAAUCACGUGACCUAGUUUUUGCAAAAGUUCGGCCACGUGGUUUCAAGGCGCGAAAAUCUAGAUUUUUGAAUUUUCAAUUUUUCCCGCUUCAAAAACCACGUGGCCUAGUUUUGGCAAAAGUUCGGCCACGUGGUUUCUAGGCGCGAAAAUCUAGAUUUUUUGAAUUUUCUAAUUUUCCCCGCUAGAAAAAUCACAUGGCCGAGUUUUCGCAAAAGUUCGGCCACGUGGUUUUUGGCCCCAAAAAAUUCAAAUUUUUCCAGAUUUUUCCGCAAAAACAUCUUCAAAACCGACCUGCAACCCUACGAAACUGCUGUGAUUUUUGGAGCCGAAAGUUUGGUGAGCAAAAAAAAUUUUUUUAAAAAAUCAAUAAAUUUUUUGCAGAUGGGCGAUUUGGUGCCGAAAUUGAGCGAAAUGCGCUCAAAUACAAAUUUGCUGGCUUGCCGCUUUCCGCUUCCGGAAAAUGACGCGUGGAAAUUGGUGAGUGGCAAAGAAAUGGCCUAGAAAAAGUUCGGCCACGCGAAAAUUUCCUAGGCCACCUGGUUUUUCUAGGCGGGAAAAUUUGAAAAUUCAAAUUUUCAAAUUUCAGCAAUCUCAAAUCGGCGAAGGAAUCGAUGCUGUCUGGAUUUAUACUAGACUAUAG